ACCAUCCUCAGUCCGCACUUCCUCUUUCUUUCUCUCUCAGUCGGCUCAGUCACAGUCACCGGCUCUGCAUCACCUCCACAGGCCCAGCAUCCACUCCCACAGGCCCCGCAUCCACUCCCACAGGCCCCGCAUCCACUCCCACAGGCCCAGCAUCACUACUACAGGCCCCGCAUCACUACCACAGGCCCCGGGCCCACAGCACAGACCCGUCUCGUCCCCAGUGAGCGGCUACCGGGCACGAUGGCGGCCCGCGGCCGGGCCUCAGGCCCUCAGGCGUCCGCAGCGAAGCUGAAGAGCGCGGGCAACGAACUAUUCCAGCACGGGCGCUACGGAGAGGCGGCAGGACGCUACUCGGAGGCCAUUGUGCGACUGCAGGAAGCCGGUACAAAAUGGCCGGAGGAAUUGAGCGUUCUGUAUUCCAACCGAGCUGCCUGUUAUUUAAAGAUUGGAAGUUGCAGUGACAGUAUAAAAGAUUGCACUGCGUCUUUGGAGCUUGUUCCCUUUGCACUGAAGCCAUUGAUCCGUCGGGCUACUGCAUACGAGGCGCUGGAGCGGUACCCCCAGGCGUUUGUGGACUUCAGGACGGCCACACAGCUGGACGGCAACGUUCAGGCUGCACAGGAUGGCAUGAACAGAAUGAGGAAGGUGUUGACGGAGAGGGAUGGAAACAAUUGGCGUGAUAAUCUCCCUCCUAUACCGUCCGUGCCCGCCACACUUCAGCGGAAGUGGAGACCCAACCCUCCCGGAAAUACGGGCGCGGAGACGGCAACUAUACAGCAGAAUGGAGACGGCACAGCUUCCGCCAGCCUCGUGCAAGCCAGAUCUUUGAAGGAAGCAGGGAACGCACUGGUGAAGAAGGGAGAGCACAGGAAGGCAGUGGAGAAGUACAGUGAAAGCCUGAGGCUGAACAGCAAGGAGUACACCACCUUUACCAACAGGGCUCUGUGUUACCUGAACCUGCAGCAGUAUCGUGAAGCAGAGAAGGACUGCACGUCCGCUUUGGGCUUGGAUCCUGCAAACCUGAAGGCAUUCUAUCGACGCGCACAGGCUCGCAAAGAGCAGAAGAAUUACAAGGGCAGCCUUGCUGAUCUUCAAGAGAUGCUGAAACUGGAUCCAAACAACGCGGCUGGGCAACGCCUGGUCCAAGACAUUGAGAAGCUUGUUAAAUAAAAGCUUGCUAUGUGGGAGUCUCGAAGACACUUGCUGAGACGACCUCACCCUUGAACAAAUUUUGGGGGGGAAAACCUGUGCUUGUUGCAUAUAUGGAUUUGCAUUUGUUUUGCUUUUCAAAUACUUUUCUGAAAAUCUGGUCUGACACCAAAGAGAGCGUUGGGAUUAAGCUGUUUUAGAAUUGUAGUUGGUUUGAUGCAGAUUGUGCCUGUCCUCGCACAAAAGAGACACUUGUAAAUAGAGGCAGCUCCUAUACAGCUUGCAUCAGAAUCCUUCACCUGAAUUAAUCCAGGAUUGCACAGAUCAAUACUAUAGAUCUAAGACUAUAAAUAGCGACAGGCCUGUUUGCAGAUUGAGUUCCUGAGCAGCAAAAGAGCAUCUAACAUUCUUUUUAAACAGCAUUAUUUGGAAAAUCUACAACAAUUGGGUUCUGUUAUUUCUUGGUUAUUUCUUAGUUCCCCACCCCACCUUGGUUUUUCUAGUGAUUAUGUUUUGUUCUUUGCCGGGUAUACUCCAAUUAUAUCUGUCCAAUAUCCUAGAUGUGUUGACUUUUGGAUUCAGCUGACUACAUGCACAAUUGCACGCACAUUCAGUUAGUAGAGGGUAUUCAAAUCACUCCAGUCAGUGAAACCUUAAUGUUUCUGUUCUUUUAAAUGUAGUUCAUUCUGUGCGGAAGGGGAGAGUAAUGGAGUGAUUGUCUUUGUUCACUUGGUUCAUUUAAUCGACCAUUUACCCUGUGCUUCCAUCUAUGCCACCUCUUCAGUAAUCUGUCAGACGCUUUACUUGUGUGUCAGUUGCACUAUCGGGCUACAUUUCAGCUGGGAAUGAGCCUGCCUGAGGAACAAUACAUAGAAUUUAACAGCAGCAUGAGAGCAUGUGUAUAUAGGAACAUAUUUCAGUGUUGUAGGAGGAAAAGCUUCCAGGGAAUUAACAUUAGAGCUGGUUGAAUGGAGAACAUGGGAGGACCAAUCCACCUAAAGAGAUGUUGAAAAAUUACCACACUGUCCACAAAUGCCAGAACCAUAGAAAUCUGCUGGGACUAGACACAAAAUGCUAGAGUAAUUCAAUGGGUCUGGCAGCAUCUCUGGAGCAAAGGAAUAGGUGACGUUUCGGGUCUGAACCCUUAGAACCUCUCUGAAGAAGGGUUCCGACAUGAAACGUAACCUGUUCCUUUUCUCCAGAGAUGUUGUCUGACCCGUCGAGGUACCCUGCCAUUUUGUCUAUUUUUGAUAUAAACCCUCUGCAGUUUCUUUCCACACACUUUGCUAAGAUUUUGGUCAGUUUUGUCAGCACUAAACUCUGGAUUCAUUCAUGGAUUAAUGCUGUUUAAUUGGAGCCAUCUCGUGUCAGGCAAUGGAAUGGAGAUAUGGUGCUUUUUUGACUCGCCACUAAUAGAUUCCUAGACCAAAUGUUCCAAACACCCCGUACAAUAUUCCCAGUUCUCCUUCAACUACAGAGCAGACCUACUGAGAGAACAAGUGGGUAUAUAAACUAGUCAAAUAUCACAUGGUUGCAAUGUGAAUUGUUGAGUUGAGUACCGGCCCAUUACUUCCUGUGCUCCAGGUGUCCUAGCAAAAACUUUAGACACACAGUGAACCUUUUCUUCCUCCCACCUCUGAUCUAUUGACAAAGAGGAUUUUCUUUAGCCCAAUUGUCAUACUUGAGGUACUGAAGUAACAUAGCCAUGAGAAUAUAGAACUUAAGCAGUGUAGAUGGAGCAGAUUUGACAGCAUUUGUGGCGGGUAGAGACGGCUGUGACCCCUUGCAUUUAAAGUAGGGAAGAAGUUUUUAGCCGAGGUCAAGAUUUGUGUUUACCAUCAGAAAUCAGACUGUCUCUUUGGUGAAGUCAUGUUUAUUGCAGAUUGAACUGUUAAUAACCUUCCUGCCUCAAGCAUGGUUCCAGAUAUCUCAGGCAUUCAAUGGUGUGGUUUGGAUCUUGUAUUGCACUGUAAAUCUCAAACUCAGGUAUUAAACUGUUAAUAAAUGACAA